CAUACACAGUACUCCACUAAGUGACAGACAGAGCUAAAGAUGCGUUCCCAAUUCGUCCUCGCCCUCGGCCUUUUGGCCCUUGCUGCGACUGCCUACGCCGCAGGAUCGACUCCGGCUUCGCCAAGCACUCCAACCGAUCCAUCUACUUCUCCAACUUCGCCCACUUCUCCAACCACUCCAAGCACCUCUCCAAGCACCUCUCCAACCACUCCGACUUCUCCUAGCACUCCAAGCACCUCACCGUCGACGUCCCCAACAACUCCAGCUUCGCCAAGUCCUUCCACACCGUCCACUUCGCCCAGUACGUCCCCCACUCCUAGUGACAGUAGCUCGUCGUCCUCCGUCACCGAGGAAGAGGCGACCAGAAUGCGAGGCCAGAUUCGCAGGCUUAGGAAACAGUUGCGACGUUGUCGUCGGGAGCGCCAGCAGAACCAGGUGCGUCGCCAGACUGGAAACCAGGGAAGUCGUCGUCGCAGGCGACAAAUCAGAACCCGUGAACGCAGGGUCCGAUUCUAAGGAUCUGAAGGUCCUUUAAAAUCGCCAUUUCAAAUCAAAGCACAUAUUAAAAUGGCAAAAUAAAAUAAACUGCAUUAAAAAAA